GACUGCUCCACUUCUUCUUGCUGUGAUUGUGAGCGACCUUGAUCCAAUCAGCGGGAAGGACUUGGCGCUGCCAUUACUUCCAGCCAUCAAAGAUCUGUUCAACAUUCCGCGCAGCAUCGGUGGGAAAUCAGAUGCCGAGACUGUCAGUUUUGAGGCGAUCCAGCUCUCUACCCAGGGAGCUGAGAGACAGAAAAAGGAUGUUAUGAAGGUUGCGGCACGAUUCGAGAAACUCAUCGAGGAGAGGCGCCACUCUGAGGACUGCAAGGACCUGAAGGACGAUGAGAUCUUAACAUCCAUCAUCCAAAGGUACAACCAGUACAAAGCAAACAGUGCUUUGAAGCGGUGGCAAGUGUCGCCAGAUCAGCAUUCUGCAAUAGCAGGAGUUAUUUGGGGAAUGUGUCCAGAUGCAAAAGCACUUGUCAGACAACACCUG